UGGCAACCUCAAGCCUGCCUGAAGGAGGAGAGGGGGGAGAAGCCGAGCGGCCAAUCACAUGACCAGGCAGGGCUGCAGCUGCAGCUGGUGUUGUCGAGCUGUCAGAGGGAGGCUCAAUAAACUGUCAACCACACAGUUAAUGCUGGAUUCAUUUUGUCCUAGGUUUCUCUGGCGUGAUGGAGCUAUCACGGGGUGGUUUGCACACCCCGUGACAUGUGUCCUGAAGCAAGAAUCUCGCACCUCGCCUCUCUUCUCCGACGUCACCGACGACCGCUGUCAUGGCCUCCGGUUAUCCACCCCCAUUUGAGGGCACAGGCGAAGUGAAGGAGGGCUUUCUUUGCCCGCUGUGCCUGAAGGACCUUCAGUCAUUCUACCAACUCCAAGACCACUAUGAAGAGGAGCACUCUGGGGAUGACCGCCACGUUAGGGGACAGCUCAAAAAUUUGGUUCAGAAAGCAAAGAAAGCCAAAGACAAGCUGUUGAAAAGAGAUGGAGAUGACAGACCGGAUACAGGCAGUUAUGAAUCCUUUUACUACGGUGGUGUGGACCCCUACAUGUGGGAGCCUCAGGAACUGGGAGCAACCAGAAGUCAUGUGGACUACUUUAAAAAACACCGGGCAGCCAGAAUAGAUCACUAUGUCAUUGAGGUCAACAAGCUCAUCAUCAGACUGGAAAAGUUGACAUCAUUUGACAGGAUCAACUCAGAUGCCGCCAAAAUCAGAGCCAUUGAGAAGUCGGUGGUGUCCUGGGUGAAUGACUCGGAUGUCCCGUUCUGUCCCGACUGUGGAAACAAGUUCAACAUCCGGAAUAGGCGGCACCACUGUCGUCUCUGUGGGUCCAUCAUGUGUAGGAGGUGCAUGGAAUUUGUCCCGUUACCUUUGGCUCAAAAGUUGAUCAGCGGGACACGAGAAUCCCUGUGUGUACCUGGAAGUCCUGUUCAAUCCCAGUCUCCCCCAGCAGGAGGUGGCGGCAGCGGGAUGGGCUCCCGGAGAGGCAGCAUCAGCAGCCUGAGCAGUGUUACUUCCAUGCUGGAGGAAAAGGAUGAUGAGAAGAUUCGCUGCUGUCACCACUGUAUGGACACACUGCUGAAGAGACAGCAGAAAUUGGAAGAGAAGGACCACACACCGGAUAUAGUGAAACUUUAUGAGAGGCUGAGGAUGUGCAUGGACAAGGUGGAUGAAAAGGCUCCAGAAUACAUCAGAAUGGCCGAGUCUCUCAAUGCCGGAGAAAACACAUAUAAUCUUGACACUGCCGGUGGACUGAGACUGGAAGUACAGAAAUACUACGAAUUAAUCGAUGCUCUGAGUAAGAAGAUUUUAACACUAAAUGCAAAAGAUGAUCCGCCACCUCAUCCAAAGGCCAUGCAGCUGCAGAGAAUGAUCCGCUAUACAGCCACGCUAUUCGUCCAGGAGAAGCUGUUAGGUCUCAUGUCUUUACCCACUAAGGAGAAAUAUGAAGAGCUGAAAGAAAAGAGGAAACAGGAACAAGAGAAGAGACUCCAACAAGAGAGACUGGCAGCACAGGAGACCCUAAAGAAGAGGCAGGAGUCUGAGAAAAACCGUCCACCUCCCAGCACUAACGGAGAGCUGCUGCAGGCUCCUAGAGCUCCACGCAUGACCAAAGCUAGUGGUUGGUUGCCCUCAGCAGAUUCUGGCAAUUCACGCAGCGAGCUGCAGGACCCCCUUCUGCAGCAGAUUGAGAACAUACAGUCAUUCCUUCGUCAGGCACGGGAGGCCCAGAGGACAGACGAGGUAGCCAUGUUGGAGGAGAACUUGCGUCAGCUGCAGGAUGCAUACGACCAGCAGCAGACCAGCCUGGCCAUUGCACUCUCCCAGAAGCUGGCUGAGGAGGAGAGCUUACAGCAGGGGGAGAUUCAUCGUCUGAAAGCCCGUGAAAGGGAGGAGAGGGAGCAUUGGGGCCCUGCUGUGGGAUCCACCCAGCCUUCUGUCACCUGGGAGAGGUGCCUAGGUAUCAGUCCGACAGAGGGCAUCCAAGACGAGGAAAACACUGAAGGAGAGGAACUGACUCCGAAGGCUGACAGGAGUCCAUCCUCUGUAAGAGCAUUUCCUGCUCUCACAAGCCAGGAGGAAUCACCUCCCAGGUUGAGGAGCUUAGGGGGGCAUGUAACUCCACCUGGUGGUGAAGGACAAAACAGCACCUCCCUUAACCCUUUCGAGGAGGAGGACUCUACUCCUGUUGAGGAGGAUCCAUCCAACCCCUUCUUUGAGGACAUCCAGAGGGAACACAAAGAGGUAACCAAUGGGAAGAAGGAAUACAACCCAUUCGAUGAAGACGAAGACGUCAGGGAGGAGAAACAGGCUGAGACCGCACCUGGAAACCCAUUUGAGGAGGAGGAGGAAGAUAGUGAUGCAGGUAACCCUUUCCUGGAGGCCUCUGGGAAUUCUCCAGGAGUCUCGACCAACCCCUUUGACGGGGACGACGAUGGCGAGGUUUUGCCCGACGUGGACAUUAUAGAGGAGGAACUGCUGCUGCAGCAGAUUGACAACAUUAGGGCCUACAUUUUUGACGCCAAGCUCAGCGGCCGUCUCGACGAGGUGGAGCUGCUGUCAGAGAACCUCCGAGAGCUACAGCACACCUUACAGGAGCAGAAGAAAAAGAAGCACUGACACCUUUCCCUCAAAACCCCUGAUUACCCGCUACUUACCAAGUCCUGCAAGGCUAGCUCACUUUACGUGACUGAUGAGCCCCACUGAGUUUUAGUUUGGGUGAGGCCUGCUGCACCACAAAAAGAUUAGGCUAGUCCCAAAAUUAAAAUGUGUACUUGAGCUCAGUAGUCUGGAGAAACUCCUUUAAUUUCCAAACAUCUUUCUUAACCACUUAUCCUGUUCAGGGUCACAGAGGGCUGGAGCCGAUCCCAGCAUGCACAGUUUUUAAGCACUGUUAGUAAAAAAUCCAUUCGUACAGGCAUGUUGCUGAAGAUAUUAAUCCUGUUGUAUCAGUGCAAACAUGAACAAUGGAAAAUGGCAAGAUGCCACAAAAGAGAUUUUUUUUUUUUUUUUAAUGGGAUAGAUGGUUGUGUGAGUUGAGUGUUGCUGUGAUCUUGUGGGAGUCAGGAUGAAUGAUUUGGCUCUCUGGCAGAAUGUAUGAAAGUCAAAAUUUUGGCAAACAAAUGAUAAAACUUAUGCGCAUUUUAAAAGCUAUAGUUGAAUAAUAAUAUAACUAACAACGUUAAAGAGUACUCCACAGUCAAACAUGUGAUAAAGAUGAUUCUUCUUCCUUGCCAAAACCUGGCACUUGACAGCUAACCAUUCAGAGAUUCAGGUUUGUUGUUUGGCUAAUGAAGCCUCAAACCAUUAGCCUGAAGUAGGCUAGAGAGUUCUGGUAAGAUCACUUCUUACUAACCCCACACCCUCAAUUUCAAAAGAGAGAAAGAGUUUUGACACCGCAAGCUUAAUAUAAAAUCAGCUCCACUAGUUCCACUUUAACUUUUAUUUUAAUACUUGUAAUUGAAAUCCCUGUUGUUCAUUGAACUUAUACCAAAGAACCAAAUCAAACAUUACUGUUCUAACCAGGUCAUUAACAACACUCAAAAAAUGUGACUUAAAGACUUAAAGAAAUUAAAUUUAGACUUUUAUGAGCAUAUAUGGGCAGCCUAGUGGAAACUGAUCACUGAACAAAUUCUUGUAUAUUCAAAUUUAAUUGCAAGUUUAAGUUACUAACUUGGUCACACGACUUGCACCACUUGUUGCAAAGUGUGACCACUUUGUGUCAUAGACUUACAAGGAACAUUAAAGGCACAUUACGCAGAAUCAAGCCAUCGUCGUUGCUCCUGUUGUGUAACUCCCGUCGACUAUGGUGACGUUAUGUCACAAGGAAAAUCUUUACUCACACUGUUAAUAGCCACAAGUACGAUCAAAGUAUAUGUUCUAACAGCCGUUUGAAUUUGUUUAGUUAAAAGUUGCUUUUUCUGUACAACUCAAUUCAAAUGAACACCUGACCUGGUUAAAUGACAUUUUCUGUCUGCAUGGUUUAGAUCAAAUUUUACUCACACUGAUUCAGUUUGUUCUUUUUUUUGUGCACCUUGUCUAUGUGAUGUUGGCCUUAGCAUGAUUGCAUUUUCGAUCUUUUGUUAAGCAUCUUAAAUGACACAUUGAGCCAAGAAAACAACAUUUCCCACGUCAGACUGUGUGACCCCUAAAGGUUGUGAUCUUAUCGUUUACAGUGGCACUACUGAUCCAACUGAGCACUUGGGUUGCAUGAUUCAUGAUUCUGUGUUUCUUAGUGCUGUGGUCUUUCUAUGGAGCUUGUCUUCCCACUUCCAUGUUUUUUUUUAUACAUUUGGACAUAAUGCUUAAAAACUGUUAAUCCCACCGCUACCGUUUCAUGCUGGUGGCCAAGAUCUGUAUGUAAAGCAUGUGAUGCGUGUAGUAGUUUCAUCUAAGAAGUCCAUCCAUGCAGCACUAGUGAACAUACAAAACACUAUUUUUCAAGAUACAACGUAGGCUAAUUUAAAUCAACAGGUAAGACACCAGAAUUCACUUAAAUCCCAGUGUGUACAGACGUUUCUCAGCUAAAUUCUUAGGUCAAAACAACAUUUUAGACACACGUUUGUUUGUGUGUCAGAUAAAUUAACACUAAAUGAAUGCCAGCAAGUAUUAUCACUCACAGUGCUGCUAACUCCUUACAUGAAUUUGUCUUUGUGCUUUCCCGUCAGUGAGACUGUCCAGAUUUCUCUUCAUAGUCAGUGUUUUUGUGCAGUAUGUCGAUCACACGCUGCGUAUCAGUGACAUCCACUUUACAGUUUAAAGCAAAACAUGUGACAUGGUGAAUGUUGUGAAAAAACUCAAGGAGCUUCUUUAAUGUGUGUUAGCAGCUGAUUUUAGCAACAAUAAUUGCAAACUUUAAACAUUUUGGACUCACAAACAUCAGUUUAAUACAUUUAGAACAUUUCACCUCAUCACCAAUAAAAGAAAAUGUCUGUAAAAUGUUUGUAUCUCUCAUCCUUGUCAUAAAUUUGGUGACUAAAUAUUUUAGUUGACACAGUGCUAGAGGUAAUUUACACCUCCAAUGUGUGGAUACUUCAACCACGUCAGGUGCAAACAUCAAAGUAUUGACUGCCCACAACAACUUUCUGCAGUUUAUGGUGACGUGGAAGGUCUCAGUCCAGCCAGCAGUAACCUCACAGUGCACACAGCAUAGUGGGAUGCAUUUAAUUACACAUAUUUACAACAUAAUAUGCAAUGUGGUCGUCCUUUUUUAUGUGAUCAUAUAAAAAUCACAAUAAAAUAAUAUUGUCCAGAGAA